GGUCACUUCAUUCCCUCUAAUUGAAUCAUACUCACCUGUGUGUGUCUCUCUUAUCUUCAUCAGUUGGUUUGCUCCUGGUUUUCAUAGGGUUUUAGUUUUUGACCUCACUUCAGGCCUCUGUGUUUUGGACACUGCUUCACAGACAUGUGAUCUGUUCACCAAACCUAAGUAGGAUAUGUUGCUCCCACAGACUUGACAGUGCUGAGGGAGCUGAGCGCACUGUGCGUAAAACUGGUCUCCUCCUCUGGCCCCUGGCUGAUGAAUGUGACUCCACUGCGCUGCAGAUAUAAACACAGAGCUCCAGCGGACACUUUCAAUCCGAGAGCCAAACACACGGGGAGAAAAAAGUGAACGGAGCAGGAGGAGACGAUCUCUGGCACAUUCCCCAGGAUGGAGAAGGAUUCUCCAUCCAAGCCGUCUGUGGCUGAGCUGGCCGGAAGGUUCAAAGGUCACAUUCUACCAAUGCCCGCCACAAAUGACGAGUUAUUUCGUAGUCGACCUCCGUGUUCCCUGAAGUUGCAAAAUCAAAAAGAUGAUAAUGAAGAAUCAGAUAAAACUGUUGUCUCCCCAAAUCCGUUUAAAAUCAAGAUGAGGAACUCCCCCAUCAUCGAGAAACUGCAGGCCAACCUCGCCCUGUCACCCACUUCUCUCCUGCCUUCGCCCAAGAGCCCCGAGGUGAAGCUGCAGCCAGCGCCACUGUCCCCCACCCCACCCGGCAGCCCCCUGAGCCCCACGCUGCGGCCCUCACAUCAGUCCAGCGAGGAGGAGGAUCCCAUCGGCUUCGACGGCCCUCCUGAAGGGGCCCCCCUGCAGAGCUUCAACAAGACUCGUGCACGACUAUCAUUCAAGAGACGCCCGCCCACGAGGCAGCACAGGAGGUCAGCAGGCGAGGAGGCGGGAGCCUUCGGGAGCGGCCUGUCCCAGUGUGACUUGUACAGCCCAGAAGAAAAUGGGGACAGAGACCAGGUUUUCCACAGCCCAGCCGAGGAGGAUGAAUGUGGGCUACCGGGCAGCCUGGAAGAAGCUGAGGACAUGGACUGUGCAAAGACAGAGAACAAGGUAGCAGGGAGUGACCCCGACAAUGAGGGGGAUCGUGAGGAGGAGCAGGAGGCACAACAUGCCGAGGAUUUGGAGGAGGAACAGCAACCUUCAGAGCUUCGCCCCCCUGGGCAGAUAGAGGGCAGUGUUGAGAGAGUGGAGGAGAGGCGUCACCAAGAAAGAAAUGAUGAACUGUGACUGUUUACUGUAAGAGAGAGAAAACCAAUGUGUGUAUAUGUAUAAGUUAUUCAGUGCUUUGAUUAAGAGAAGUUCCCCUUCUUUUAAAUGUCUGUUCUGUUUUUAAGUCCCUCUCCAGGCCGUGUAUAGAACAGGUCUAUAAACACUGGAGAGUAGUAAAGGAAGCAGCUCUGUCUCCACACAUCACUGUCAAUACUGUCCAUGAACAGAAAAGACAUUAUCACAUACUGAGGACUUUGUAAAUACUGGUUAGCAAAAAGGAAGAAUAUAUAGAUUUAUACUUAUAUAGAUUUCAUAGCAGAUUAUAAAAUGUCCAGACUUCAUUCAGAAUCACUAUCACUUCAGUUUGAAAUUAUAUACUGCUUUAUUUUCUUUUGAUCAGUCUUUAUCUCUGCUUGUGUCCUAUUUUGUAUACAACAAAAUAUUUAAAUCACAAUUUUACUGUGGAGCGACCAAGGACCUCAGAAGUUAUAUUCAUAGAAAUGUCAAGAAAAUAAAAAUAU